AAACUUGUUAUUUUUGUGCAGGAAUAAAAACAACGUGCAACCCACAACAGGCAGAGUUUAAAAAUAAACAAUUAAAUAAUAAAUUAAAAUCUACAAAUGGCGAAACGUAAUAUACGCGCAAAAGCCAAGAGUGCCAUCGGUGCCGUGAAGCAGAAAGCGAAUGAGGCACAGGCCAAACUAAAGAAAGCGGAGCGCCAAGAGAAUAUGCUACACAAGACUUUGUCACCCAAGCAGACUGCAACAAAAAAGGAGAAAUCCGCACAGAAACACACAAAACUUUUGAAACGUUUUGUGACUAUCAAAAAAGAGGUAAAGGAGGAGAACGCACGUAAGAAUCGAGAGAAAGCCAAAGUCGUUGGGGAUUUAAAGCCACUGCGGGAUGCGUUGCCCGCUUUAGGAGAUAUUUACGAUCUGGUGAGGAGCUCUAGGAAACCAGCUGAGGACAAGAGUGCUCUUGCUGAACCAGAGAAGCUCAGUGCCAAAAAGAAGAUAAAAACAAAGCGUGAGGAGUAUGUGAAGAAGGUACAAUCCUUUGAGAAGCUGAUCAAGGACAAGAACUUCAAGAAGAAUCCCCGAGAAGCCAUUUCGAAUCAUCUGAGGAACAAGUAUCAAGCAAUGGAGGAAGAUGAUGACGAGUAGAGAAUAAAUAAAAGACUGUCGUUGCACUUGAUUUUAUUUAUUAAGAAAUAUCAUUAAUACAUAAUUGUGUGUAUUAUGUAUGUAGCUUUAUAUCAAUUAUUAUCAUUUAACGAUGCAUAUAAAUAUUACACAUAAGAAUGUAAAUUGUAAGCAUUAUAUAAAGUAAUGGGGAUUUUCAUAAUUUUUGUUUUCGCUUGUUAACAGAACGCAAUUAGAGUUAGAAUAAUAUAAACUUUUUGAGGGGGAACAGCAUUCUAUUGUAUUGAAUAAAGCAAAAUGGAGAACUGUUA